CUCACAUGUGUUUUAGAGGUUAUGUUUAUGAUGUGUUUACGUAACAAACGAUUUCUUUUAGGCUUUACCGGCUUGAUGCGGACUUCGGAACAAUGUGAUAUCAGGUCAGAUGUCACCGAUGCUAGCCGAUAGCAUGAUCAAGUUGUAAAACACCAUGUGAUGCCGACGCGAGUAGCUCGGCCCGAGGUCACUGUUUUUUUUGCUCUAAUUGCAAUAAAAUUGCGUCGUUGAGAUCGGCCAGUCGCCGAUCGGCGGUCUGAUGCAUAGUAUCCGUGUUUGUAGUGUAGUGAAUAGAAUAGUUGUAAGAAUGGUUUCGACUAAGAAUAGUUAUGAGGACGCAGUUGGUAAAUUAAACAAGUUGCAGUCGAAUAAAUCGACAAUAGAACAGAUAAGGAAGGAAAAGGCUGGACAUAAAUGCACAAAUGUAGAAGACAUGGAAUAUUAUUUGAAGAGGACGGGUGUGUCUCUAUCGAAAUUGGACGAAAUGUCUGUGAUACACGUCGCCGGGACCAAAGGGAAGGGUUCAACAAGUGCGAUGUGCGAGUCGAUACUCCGCUAUCACGGGUUCCGCACAGGAUUCUACUCCUCGCCGCACCUCGUGGCGGUCAGGGAGCGGAUACGGCUUGACGGGAAGGUCGUCUCCGAAGAACAGUUCGCGCAUUACUUCCACGAGGUUUACGGGAAACUGGACUCUAGUAAGGCGUUCGAAGGUGAUAUGCCCAAAUACUUCGCGUUUCUGACCGUGAUGGCGUUCAACGUGUUCUUGGAGGAGAAGGUGGACGUGGCCAUCGUGGAAGUCGGCAUCGGAGGCAUUGUGGACUACACUAACGUUUUGAGAAAAGUCCCAGUGGUCGGUAUAACCGCGCUAGGGUUGGACCACACGUCGAUCCUGGGCACCACCCUGCCGGAGAUAGCUGCUGCGAAGGCCGGCGUGAUGAAGCGCGGCUGUGAGGCGUACACGGUGCAGCAGCCGCAAGAAGCUAUGGACGUGCUCAAGAGCUAUGCUGAUUACGUUAAGUGUCCUCUCACAGUGGUACCUGAGUACACCCACUAUAAAUUCCCGCUGACCAACGGCAUUAGCUUGCCGAUUAAUCUAGAAGCCUAUCAAACCAAUGCGUCCCUAGCCGUCCAGCUGUCACACGCGUGGAUGCGGAUCCGGAAACACGGCAGGAAUGGCUUCAAAAACGGAUUAAAUGGGUUGAAGAAUGGUGUGAACGGAACAGUAUUAAAGAAAAUUGUGACCGAGUUAAAUGAAGAGACUGUGAAAGGGUUGACUUCUUGCAAGUGGCCGGGACGGUAUCAAAUAGUUGAGACUCAGUAUGCGACGUUUUAUUUGGACGGAGCGCACACCAAGGAGUCUGUUGAGAUUUGCGCGGAGUGGUUUAAGGAUAGAAGCAGACAUCGACCUAAAGCGCUAAUAUUCAGCGCAACGGGGGAUCGGAACGGAAAAGUCCUGUUAAAACCACUAAAGGAAAUUGGUUUUGAUAGAGCAUUCUUCGUUAUACCCACAGCGAAUAAAAAGAUUUCCCAAAACAGCGACAAUUUCUCUCUAGUAGAGCAAGACGAGUUAAUACAGCGGUGUCAGAGACACGCGGAGAUUUGGAGCGGAGACCACACAUCUGUCAUGGAAUGUGUGGCAGACGCUUUAUUGACCAUAGAGAAGGAGUUCCAAGGAGAAAAGUCUAGUAUACUUGUUACAGGGUCUUUACAUUUAGUAGGUGCGGUUCUAUCGAUAUUAGAUCCGAAUUUAAGCAGCUGAUAUGAUAAAUAUACAUUUAGUUUAAUU